AUGCGGUUCCUUCAGGUCUUGGGAUCUCUGUCAGCACUCUCGGUUGCCCUUGCAUCGAGCCAUACACCGGGGGACCCCCACCAUUCGCGCCAUGCUGCCCACAAGCGAUCCUCCAACGAUACCUCUGUCGAGUAUGACUAUGUUGUUGUCGGAUCAGGCCCAGGAGGUGGUCCGCUAGCGGCUCGUCUCGCUAUUCAUGGAUUCAAAGUCCUUCUUCUGGAUGCCGGCGAUGACCAAACGAAUGCCACUCGGCAGAUGGCCCCGGCCCUGCAGCUGCAAUCUACUGAAUACGAGCCUAUGAAGUGGGAUUACUUUGUCCAUCACUACUCAAACAUGACACGCCAGGAGGAAGACUCCAAGAUGACUUAUCAGACCCCAUCUGGGGAGCUCCAUGUUGGUCCCAACCCGCCAGCUGGAUCGGAAGCUCUGGGUAUCCUCUAUCCUCGCGCCGGUACUUUGGGAGGAUGUGCCGCUCACAACGCCAUGAUCACUAUUUACCCCUACGAAAAGGACUGGGACAACUUGGCCAGUGUCACUGGCGACGACUCAUGGGCGGCAUCCAACAUGCGAGGCUACUUCGAGAAGCUCGAAAAGAACCGAUACCUGCCCAGCACCCUUGUGGGUCACGGAUUCAAUGGAUGGCUCACCACGAGUCUUACCGACCUGCGCCUCGUGAUUGAGGACCAGAAACUCCUGUCGCUCAUCAUUGCGGCGGGAACGGCCGCAGGCAAGAAUCUGAUCGGGAAAGUGCUUAACACGGUCACGGGUCUCGGUGAGGUCCUGCUGCGUGAUCUCAACGAUCCCUCUCCCGCGCGCGACUACGAAGAAGGCCCCUACCAAGUGCCACUCGCAGUCGACGUCCCCGAAUACAAGCGAACAGGCCCUCAGGACUUUGUUAAGAGAACUGCCAGUGCUGUCAACCCCGAUGGCUCCCGCAUGUAUCACCUUGAUGUCCAGCUUGACACCCUGGUGACCAAUGUCCGCUUCGACACAUCUGGCAGCAAGCCACGGGCGAUUGGCGUUGACUACCUCCGUGGAAAGAGCCUAUACCGUGCGGACCCCCGGGCAUCCAAGACGGCGGCCAACGGUAUCCCCGGCAAGGUGAAUGCUGCACGAGAAGUUAUUCUCGCCGCGGGCGCCUUCAACACUCCACAACUGUUGAAGCUCAGCGGAAUCGGCCCAGCGGCAGAGCUCUCCAAGCACGGCAUCAAGACCCUUGUCAAUCUGCCCGGCGUGGGAUCGAACCUGCAGGAUCGCUACGAGGCCACCGUGAUCGGCAAGUCUCCUUCCGAUUUCGUGAUCACAUCGAAAUGUACUUUUAUGUAUACCAUGCCCGACCCUUGCUUGGAGCAGUGGGAAACCGAUGACCUGUGGAAAGGUACCUACGGCACCAACGGUAUCGCCAUCGCGGUGAUUCGCAAGUCAUCCACCUCUGAGGGGGAGCCUGACCUGCUUAUAUCCGGUGCCCCUGCUAACUUCCAGGGUUACUAUCCCAACUACUCUUACGAGGGUCUCAAGGAUGCCCGUCACUGGGCUUGGAUCACCCUGAAGGCACGUAGCCGUAAUAACGCUGGAACUGUUGAGCUGCGGUCUACUGAUCCUCGGGACAUGCCCAUCAUCACCUUCAACUCAUUCGAUACCGGAGUGACUGAAGACGGUGCCGAUGAGAAGGACCUGCAGGCCAUGUAUGACGGAAUGAUGUUCUCGCGCUCUAUCUUCGAGGACUUGAUUCCUCUCGACGGUGGAUUUGAAGAGACCUGGCCAGGCCCCAAUGUCACCACCGAGAGCGAAAUGAAGGAUUUCAUCAAGCGCGAGGCUUGGGGACACCACGCAUGCUGUACCGCUCCUAUUGGCGAUGACAGCGACCCCAUGGCUGUUCUGGAUGGUAAUUUCCGGGUUCGUGGGGUCGAGGGUCUUCGUGUUGUGGAUGCUUCUGCUUUCUCCAAGAUUCCAGGGUACUACAUUGCGUUGCCAAUCUACAUGAUCAGUGAGAAGGCAGCCGACGUUAUUAUUGCCGAUGCCGCGUGA